AAGGGAAUGAGCUGGUUAAAAGAGAGAGAACGCCUAUGAAAGUCUUACAAAUUUGUCAGGAAGAAUUUCAUGAAGGAGCUAUUCGGUGCUCAUACUGAGUGAAGAACCUCACAGUGUUGUACUUUGAUAAAGGGAGUCAAUGGGAUUUACAUUUACAAGUGGAACUGAAAAAUAUGGCAGAUUCUGCGUGUCGUCAACUGAUCGUAAAGGCGAUAUUCAUCUGCCUCCUUAAACUUGCCUUCAGCUACAGUUUCAGAAGUUGCAUAGAGCUCCCUGAUUCUAACCAUGUAAUCUUCAGAUGUAUUAAAUGUUAUGAAACAGACAUAACUACAAUUGUGGGUGAUGUAUUUCCCACUGCAGCAAACCUUACAGUUUCUCGCAAUAACAUUACGUACAUUCAAGGCCAAAGCUUCUCUCAUCUGCCCAGUCUGACUUCUCUGGUACUAGACAAUAACCAUAUUGUUAACAUCCACAGAGAUGCUUUUAAUAACCUGCAAAAACUUAAGACUUUGAAUCUGUCCUGCAAUCACAUAUCAUUUCUCCAACGUGAUGUCUUUAAUAACCUACAUAACCUCACAGAGCUGCUCCUGGGAAACAAUAAUCUCAAGAGUAUUGAUACGUUCCUGUUUUCCAAUUUGACGAACCUGAACAUUCUUGAUCUACGCAGGAACCACCUGAAAAACUUUUCAGCUUUGGUUGAAUGCAUAACGAACCUAUCCAGCUUGAUACAACUGGACCUUUCUUUUAACAGUCUAACCAACUUGCAUCACUCCAGCCAUCUGCCAAACUCACUUGUCAGACUCUACCUCAGUGAUAAUAAACUAUACAAACUGGGAUGUGACAAGUCUUUCCUAAAGUAUGUGAAAGUGCUUGAUUUAUCAGACAACACAUUACUAUCAUCUAAGUCUUUUAAGGGCCUGAACCUGAAGAAUAUAAAGUACCUGCGCUUGCGCUUUACCAAUGUCUCCGCUAGCAAACUUCUAAACUACACCAAAAUACAACCAAGGUAUGUCGACUUCUCUGGUUUGAAACUGAGGGAUCGUGCACUGACUUCACUGUGUUUUCAUCUGCAAGGUCAUCAAAUAUCUAAAAUGAUACUCCAGAGCAAUUCCAUAGGAGUUCUAAACAAAAACACGUUUUGUAAUUGUGCCAGUAUCACUGAUAUAAUGGACCUCUCACGGAACGAGAUGAAAUCCACAUACUGCUUGCAGUUUCUGCACUGUCAAAACCACCUGAAUACUCUCAAGAUCGAACAUAACCAUCUGACCAGGCUAAUGCCCUGCAACAUAUCUACACAGCUUGACAGCAUGAAAACCCUAAGCUAUCGAUACAACCGCAUUCUAGAAGUUAGUGGUCAUGCCUUCGGCAACACACCAAAAUUAACAAACCUUGAGCUAAACAUAAACAUAAUUGCCUAUUUGGACCAUAAAGCCUUAUGGGGACUCAAAGAUCUUGUCACACUUCGUCUCGACAACAAUCUUUUGACCGAUAUCUACAGUGACUCCUUCAAAGAUCUUACCAGCCUGAAAACUCUCAACCUGCGCAACAACCAAUUAUCUGUGAUUUUCGACUACGUCUUUCAAAAUCUGUCAAAUCUACAUACUUUAGAUUUGGGAGGGAACAAGAUCACACAGCUGAAGCUGCAUGCACUUGAUGGGCUGCAAAGCUUGGCUAAUCUGUAUUUAGACAGAAAUCGGCUGAAAGAGAUUGACGGCACGCUCUUUGGGAAACUUCAUGCCACCCUGCAGGUGCUGGAUUUACAGGCCAACCACAUCCUGUAUUUUACAGAACACACAUACUCGCCAUUUAUAAAUAUGUCAAAGCUUCAAGAUCUGAAACUUGAUGGACAACAACCAAAUGGCAUAAACUUGUUGCCACGUGCAUUUUUUCGGGGUCUAAUUUCGCUGAAAAGUCUUUACCUCACUAACAACCAUAUCAUUGGAUUCGGUGCUGAAACAUUUGAUGACCUGAAAAGCUUAGAGUACUUAACUCUAGACAACUCAUGCGUUGGGAUCGCACAGCUCAAACCUGGUAUUUUCAAAAACCUUCGAAAAUUGAAGACAUUAUCCACUGAGAACAUGGGCAUUAAAUCAUUUUCUGAAGAGAUUUUUGGAAAUCUCACAGGACUGAAGCAACUGCAUCUCAAUCGCAAUGCCAUGAUGACUUUGGACAUCGGUUUACUGGACAAGCUGACCAACCUUACAUACGUUGACAUACGCAGCUGUCCUCUCAGUUGUAACUGCCAGAACAGUGACCUACAAAACUGGACCAUAGGCAGUAAGAGACUCCAGUUUCCUUAUCUUUUCAAUAUUACAUGCCAAGACCAACCAGGCUCAUAUUUUCACAGCUUCUUAACUAAUGUAUGUUACUUGGACAUAGCACUCUACCUGUUUUCUUCAACGUUCACAUUCACAAUUUUACUAACCUUGAUACCACUUCUCUACAUCAAACUUUACUGGAAAUUUAAAUACGGCUACUAUGUGUUCCGAUCAUGGUUUGGAGAACAGUGGCGUCGCUUAAAGGACCAGAAGGAGGAAUACAAGUACGACGCCUUCAUUUCCUACAACUCAGCAGACGAAGACUGGGUAAUGGAACAGCUGCUGCCGAACCUCGAGGGUUCUUCGUUUCAACUCUGCCUCCACCACAGAGAUUUCGAGCUGGGCCGUGAUAUCGUCGACAACAUCGUGGCUGCCGUAUACAGCAGUCGCAAAACGAUCUGUGUGGUCAGUCAGAACUUCCUUCGCAGCGAAUGGUGCUCACUGGAGAUCCAGCUGGCCAGCUAUCGCCUAUUUCAAGAAAUGCAGGAUGUGCUUUUGCUGGUCUUUCUGGAGCCUAUUCCUGAGCGGCAACUGUCCACUUAUCACCGUAUGAGGAAGGUCAUGCUCAAAAAGACUUAUCUGCAGUGGCCUGGGUCAAAUUGUUCUGAUCCAAACAGUGCAAAAGAACUGUUCUGGAAUAAGUUAAAGAGAGCACUAAGGAGCAGCAACACUGGAAGCCAAGAGAAGCAGAAGAUGAAGGAGCAGAAUGAUCAGCGGAGACAAGACAAAGAGGGUGCGGACCGGGAGGAAAGAGAAUAUUUUGUGAAUCAGACACCAACAGAUGAUGAAGUAUAUUACCUGAUGCCCUGAUUACAAUGACAUAUGUAAAACCAAAGUUAAUCCGUACAAAAUAAGAACAAAUUUAAUGAACUUCAAUAAAUAAAAGUAAAUUCAGUAAAUUAAAAUGCUGUAAAUUAAAGCGCUUUGAAACAUGUAAAAAAUAAUAAUGGAGAAGAUACAAACUCACACAAAUGUAAUGAUGGUACAAAUGUAAUAAAUAAAUACAUAGAAAUUCA